AAAUACAGCGGUGAGCCCAGUGCGUAAUUCUGCACCAUGGCACUGCUGGGACUGCUGGCACUGCUGGAGGACCAUGCAAAUGGCAUGAUUCGGAGGGAGAGGGUCUUCAGGGACCAUAACGACUUAUUGGCCCAUGAUGAUGACUAAUGGCUAAUGAGCCGUUUUAGAUUCCCUAGAGCUAUGCUCUUGGAUCUAUGUGCUGAACUGGGUCCAGCAUUGGAAAGGGCAACACGUAGGAACCACGCAAUCCCGGUGCAGACGCAGGUCCUCACCACUUUGGGGUUCCUGGCAACCGGCUGUUUCCAACGGGAAUUGGCAGACAGAUCCGGUAUAUCACAGCCAUCCCUCAGUGCCCUAAUGCCCAGCGUUUUGAAUGGCAUCAUACAUAUGGGCAGUCGAUACAUAAGGUUUCCCUACACAGUGGAAGAACAGGCCGAGAUUAAAAGGCAAUUUGCAGCAAUGUCCGAUUUCCCAAACGUAAUCGGCGCAAUUGACUGCACUCAUAUUGCUAUAAGGGCUCCAUCUGAACAUGAGUUCGCUUACGUCAACCGCAAGCACGUGCACACUAUUAAUGUUCAAGUUGUAUGUGAUGCCCAUAUGAACUUCACAAACAUAGUGGCACGUUGGCCUGGUGCAACACAUGAUUCAUUUAUUCUGACGCACAGUAGUGUAGGGAACAGACUACAGUCAGGCGCGGGGCGGGAUGGCUGGCUUCUAGGGGACAGUGGAUACCCCCUGAGACGCUGGCUCCUCACCCCAGUUUUGAACGCGCAAAGCGCCGAGGAACAACGUUAUAAUGAGGUCCAUGGCCGUGCUCGUUCAGUGGUGGAGCGCGCCAUCGGCCUCCUGAAGUGCCGGUGGCGCGCUCUGAAUGCGUCGGGGGGGAGGCUUUUAUACCAGCCUGCCAAAGUGUGCCGCAUUAUAAGGGCUUGCGGCGUGCUGCACAAUUUGUCCCAGAGGAACGGCAUCCCUCUCCCCCCUGACCUCCCUCCCCCCGAGCUUGACCCGGAGACCCAGCCCCCUCCGAGGCAAGUCGGAUUUCAACAGGGUGCAAGAGUACGUGCGGAUGUCAUGCGGCGUUUAUGAAAUGAAGACGACUCAAGCUGCAGAACUUUGUCUGUGAGGACCCGACCAGCGGACUGACGCUUGGUGCUGGGGGUUGGGGCAGCCGGAUGACCUGCAGCCGAGGGCCCCUCGCCGGCAUCAUCUUCCUCCUCCUUCCACCGACCGCUGACUCUGGAGGACGCACAAGCAAAAUAGCUUGCACUAGGCCUACAUGAUCGAUAAUAAAUCUAUAAAAAACAGAAAUCAGCUUUACCUUGUUCUUCUGUGUUGUCAGUGUCCCCUUCCCUUUCGGACACGAUGCCACUCACGCUUGCGGUGCCAAUUAUGGAUGCAACUUGCCUGUCAAUCGGGGUUAGGUCAGGAGUACUGGUACUGGCAGAGAAUGUCCUCUCACCGUUCUGGCGGUGCGAGGACAGCCUCUGCUUUGCACCCACCUGUAAUUAACGAUCUUCACUAUACGACCAGUUACAUUUGAGCAAUUAAUUAUAAACGUGCUGUGCGUGAGGAAAUAAAAAUGUACCUUUAUGUCGGACCACUUCUUUUUCAAUUCGGGUACUGUCCGCUCCGUACCACUGACAGCGUUCACUGCCGCAGCAACAUGUUGCCACUCAUUCUUUUUUUUAAUAUUGGUGAUCCCGAUUCCGUGACCGGCGACCGCCGAACAAAAUUUAUUUUCGGGCCUCAACCUCACCCACAAGUGUCGCCACCUCAACCUCCGUGAAGUUUCUUUUUUUGUUUUUUCUCUGUCCUGCCAUUGUUUCCAAGUUCCAACAAGACAUAAUACCGGCACCUGAGU